GAUGGUGGGCAGAGUAUAAAUGACGUGGAAGAUGGAGCAUUAAGAAGGAGAAAAAGGAUCAGAAGAUUAUCAGGUCAUUCUGAAUCAGAUGAUGUGGCUUCAUCAGCUUUAAAUUCAAAUGGAAGUGACGAAGAAAAUGCCUCUGAAAUUGCGACAGUUGAAUCUGAUAAUAAUACUUGGAAUGAAGGCAAUGGUCUAGAUUCUGGUUCCAAAGUCGAGCAAAUUGAUAUUGGUGGAGAGUUUCUCGAAGGAGAUUAUGAGCUCAACAAGGGGCUUAACUUCCAAAUUAAUACCAUGGUUAAGAGAAGGAAGAGAAAGCCGACCAGGAAACGUGGUACUAGUGAUCUUGUUGAUCAUACGUCUAAAGUUGAGGCAGAAGCAGGUCUUGAGGCUGGAGCUGGUGAUAAUGUUCGAACAUCACAAAAUUCUCAUGAAAGGUUUACUGAGAGGCCUUGUGAA